CGGAACGACAACAGACGCAUGGGACGGAGUUGAAACAACGUGUCUAACAGCUGAACUUAUUUCCUGGGAUCCCGAAUCACCAUGGAAGCCAAACCCCAAAAACUGUUCUCCUCCCAGCCUGGACGAAAACUGUCAUACAAAGGAAAAGGAAAAGGAAAAGACUCGGCGGGGACCAAAUUCGGAGGGAAACCUGGAGUGAAAAAACCCUUCAAGCCGUACAAGAACACAGAGAAGAAGAGCAGACCAGGAAAACCAAACGAUGGCAAAAAACCAGGUUUCUCUAAAACUGGGAAGAGGAAACAGCCAGCAGGGGGCGGCGGUCCGCCGGCGAAGAGGCAGAAGAGCGGCAAGAAGCCGCCGACCGCAGAAGAAGAGCAGAAGAAGCGGCUGCAGAAGAAGAGGGAGCUGAAGAACAACCGGCAGCAGUUGGAGAGGAAAGAGAUGUUUGACAUCAUCAGCCGCUGCAAGGAAUUAUGGGGGAAUCUCCGGAGGAAGAAAUGUGACACAGAGCAGAAGUCGAAGCUGAUGAAGGAGCUUCAUGGACUCAUCCGUGGGAAGAUAAAGCAGAUGGCGUUCGCCCACGACUCUGUCCGAGUCCUGCAGAGUUUCAUCCAGUUUGGCAACCAGAAGCAGCGAUUUCAGGUGUUUGAGGAGCUGAAAGACAGCAUCCUCGACAUGUCCAAGUCGCCUUAUGGAAAACAUGUGGUGAAGAAGCUGCUGAUGUACGGGAACAAGGAGAUGGUGGCCGCCGUCAUCCAGUUGUUCAGCGGUCAGAUUCGCAAGAUGCUGCGCCACGCCACCGCCUCCACCAUCGUCGAGUACGCCUACAACGACAAGGCCAUGCUCGCUCAGAGGCUGAUGAUCACCGGCGAGCUGUACGGGAACACCUACGCCAUCUGCAAGUCGUUUGAGCUCAACACCAUCGAGAAGGUGUUGGCGGCGAACCCGGAGAAGCUGGAGAACAUCAUGGAGGAGACCAAGCAGGUCAUCGUGCCGCUGGCGCAGAAAGAACAGGUCAUCAGGCAUUCUGUGGUCCAUAAAGUCUUUCUGGAUUUCUUCCAGUUUGCACCUGAAAAACAGGAGAUGAUCGAGUCCAUCAGGGAGGCCGUGGUCUACAUGGCUCACACUCACGACGGCGCCCGGGUCGCCAUGCACUGCCUGUGGCACGGCACGGCGAAGGACAGAAAAGUCAUUAUAAAAACCAUGAAGACCUACAUGGUGAAGUUCGCCACGGGGGAGUUUGGUCACAUGGUUCUCCUGGCGAUAUUCGACUGCGUGGAUGACACCAAGCUGGUCAAGCAGGCGGUUCUGUCGGAGCUGCUGUCCGCCCUGCCGGAGGUCCUCGGAAACAAACACGGCAAGAAGGUUCUGCUCUACCUGCUGAGCCCCAGAGAUCCCACCCACAUGCUGCCGGACGUCGUCAAGCAGCUGGAGCAAGGAGACGGCAACGCACACAGUAAAAAGGACAUGGCGACCCGGCGGCGGGAGCUGCUGGAGGCCGCCUCCCCGGCGCUUUUGGAUCAUCUCCUUCUGAACGUCGCCGCCAUGGUAACGAGCAAGGCGGCCUGCGUCAGCGUCAGAGACAUCCUGGCGUCGGCGUGCGGCGACCUGCGGCCCGCCAUGACGGCCGUGGCCCAGCUGGCCAAUCAGGAGCUGGUACCGGGAGGAGACAAGGGACAGCUCCACUUGGCCGAACACCCAGCAGGACACCUGGUGCUGAAGUGGCUCAUAGAGCAGGACGCCAUGUUGGAAAAGAACGGCAGGGAGGAGCGCUUCGGCAGGAUCCUGGUGGACACGGUCGGGACGGAGACCAUGAAGAGCUGGGUCAAGGUCAACCGGGGAGCCAUGGUGCUCUGCAGCCUUGUGAACAGCUGUGACAGUUCAGUGGCUGCUGAGGUGAAGGCGGCGCUCAGAGCCAUCACACCGGAGCUCCAGAGAAUCAAGAACCAUAAAGGAGCCGAAAUCCUGCUGCAAAAUCUCAACAAGUAGACGGAUUUCUGCAGAUUUUUGUUUUCGUACAAACGGACCGCAGAUGUUCAAACGUCGCUUCGUUUGGACCAUGAAACGUCCAAGACAUCGAGGACGACGUGAGAAGUGGACAAAGUCUGGAACAUUUUGGAGAUUUCAGCCAUUAAUCCUGAUCUGCUUCACUGAUUUAAAGGAUGUCGGAUAAAAAUCACACAAAUUCACUUUUUUUGUGGGGUUUGGAAAACAUCAAAGUGGAGCAUCAAGCCUUUCAGCGAUAACAAAGUCAGCACACACCAGUUUGUGGACUGAUUCAGUCUCUUUUGUUUGUGAAAUAUUGUGAUAAAUGUUAUUAACUGAGAAGAAAAUAAAGAUUAUUGAAAUA